AUGAGUCCAAAGAAGGUCACGAUCAUCGGAUCUGGAAACUGGGGUUCGGCCAUCGCUAGAAUCGUCGGAAACACAACGAAAAGCUUCCCCGAUCAGUUCGACCCACAAGUGCGUAUGUAUGUUUAUGAAGAGAUCGUAAACGGAGAAAAACUGUCGGAAGUUAUCAACACUCGUCACGAGAACAUAAAAUACCUCCCAGGAAAGAUUCUGCCAGAGAAUGUCGUCGCUGUUACCGAUUUGGUUAAAUCAUGCGAAGGAUCAAAUAUUCUCAUCUUCGUUGUGCCACAUCAGUUUGUCAAGGGACUUUGCGAGAAGUUGGUUGGAAAGAUUCCAGCCGAUACCCAGGCUAUCUCAUUGAUCAAGGGAGUGUCGACUGGAGGGAUCGAACGUGGAGGGCUCAAGUUGAUUUCAGAGGAAAUCAAGGAAAUCCUCAAAAUCGAAGUCAGUGUGUUGAUGGGCGCGAAUCUCGCUCCAGAAGUCGCUAAUGAUAACUUCUGUGAAGCCACAAUUGGAUGUAAGAGGAAAGCAGAAGAUGGACCUCUUCUCAAGAAGCUCUUCCACACUGACAACUUCCGAAUCAACGUUGUUGAAGAUGCUCAUACUGUCGAAUUGUGUGGUGCUCUGAAGAAUGUCGUAGCGUGUGCUGCUGGCUUCACCGAUGGACUCGGUUAUGGUGACAACACAAAAGCUGCUGUUAUCAGAUUAGGUCUGAUGGAGACAACGAAGUUCGUCGAGCACUACUAUCCUGGAUCAAAUCUCGAGACAUUCUUCGAGUCUUGUGGAAUUGCUGAUCUCAUCACUACUUGUUACGGUGGACGUAAUCGCAAGGUUUGCGAAGCAUUUGUGAAAACUGGAAAGACACUGGCCGAGGUUGAGAAGGAGUUGCUGAACGGACAGAGUGCCCAAGGACCAUUGACAGCAGAAGAAGUCUAUUUGAUGAUGAAGAAGACUGGGCUUGAUGCCAAAUUCCCACUGUUCACCGCUGUUCACAAGAUCUGCGCUGGAGAGAUGAAACCAGCUGAACUCGUCGAUUGUCUUAGAAAUCACCCAGAGCACAUGUAA